GUUAAAUGGAACCCGCUUCGAUUUUAUUCGAGAUGACAACGCCACAGCAGCAUGACACGUUCUUCCUCGCGACGCAUCUGAAGUACUUGGCCAAUCUGUCCAAACAGAAAGAGAGUCUGGAGAGCUGCCUCAGCGAACACUUGCGCGUGUCGGCGUUCUACUGGGCGGCGGGAAGUCUCUGUGCAUUGGGCAAAGCCCACCACAUUCCGGACGAGCUCAUUCAAUGGCUUCUGGCAUGCCAGCACCCUAACGGCGGCUUCGGCGGGAAUGUGGGCCACGACCGACACUUGCUUUACACGUGUCACGCAGUGCUUUCGCUUGUGAUGUUGGGGAAGGAAGACCACAUCCUCGCGCAAGAAACCACCGACUUUGUCGUGUCGUUGCAGCAGCCGGACGGGUCCUUCGUCGGCGAUAUCCACGGCGAGGUCGACACCAAGUACACGUACUGCGCGUUGAGUGUGCUGAAGAUCCUCAAGCAAGAGCAUCGCAUCAACAUGGACGCCGCCAUGGCACACAUCAAGACAUGCCAGAACUUUGACGCAGGGUUUGGCAACAUCCCCGGCUGCGAGUCGCACGGCGGUCACAUUUUCACGGCUGUGGGUGCGCUUUCUAUGGGCCACCAGCUUGAUAAGUACGUGGACGUGGACAGUUUGGGCUGGUGGCUCUGCGAGCGGCAAUGCGAUUCCGGUGGUCUGAACGGCCGUCCUGAAAAGCAAGCCGACGUGUGCUAUAGCUGGUGGAACAUUUCGUGUCUUGUCAUGAUGGGUACACACACAGAUAUAUAUCAUUUAUUUCUCGUCUCUCCACUAUCAUGUGACGCGUAGGCAAAUUGCACUGGAUCAACAAGGACAAGUUGAUUCAAUUCAUAUUGAACUGCCAAGACAAGGAUGACGGCGGCAUCGCCGACCGCCCCGGCAACGUCAGCGAUAUCUUCCACACGUUUUUCGGCAUUUGCGGCCUCAGCAUGCUCGGGUACUUUGACGACCAGCCAGCAUUUGCCGCCAUCAAGAAGGUCCACCCUGUCUUUGCCAUCCCGGACGCGGACGUGGCCCGACUGGGGCUCACGGCGCAGAUCAUCUUGUAGGCUGCCCCUAACGACAAUGCAUGCAUACUUUGGUCUUGGCUUCGCUAAAAGGACAGCAAGCUUCGACGCAGUACAUGACCACAACGACGACUUGCGACCGUAUCGCUGCG